AUGACUAUCUCGCAUAGAGUUAUCCAGUCACUUGUAUCGUGCAUAUUGACCCCGGAAGUAAGUUAGAAAGAAAAAAAAACUUUAUAACACUGCAAUUUACCAUAGCAAAAUGGCGACAAUGCCGUGGAGCUCGUGAUAUGAUACCAGACGAAGUCAACUAACUUUCAUCAUUGUUGUUUGGUCUUUAUGAAGACAAUUUGCUGAUGAAGUAGCUCUGUGUUUGCCAGAUAGAUACGUACUUUUGGUCUAUUUGUCAGGAUGGCAUCGGACAAGAAACAGGAGCGACAGAUUCAGCAGGAGCUGGAAACGAGGAUAAAAGAAAUAAGACAUCAUCUAAGUGAGCAGUUGAAAUCUUUAGACAAUCGGGCUGAGAAUCAGAGAGAACUAAUCACAGACUACCAGGAGUAUUUUAGACAGAGGUCGGAGAUUGAAACACAAUAUGCCAAAGAUCUUGAAAAGUUACAUGAUCGUACUGUACGGAAACAACGGCAAGCACAAUCACAAAGAGAGAAAGAUGUUGUCCCUCCUGGUCCCCAGACAUGUUGGAAUCUCCUCUUAGACAUAACCAGGAAUCAUCAUAGACAACAUACAACAUUAAGUCAGGUCUUUUCUUACAAUAUGGCAAACAAGUUUGGAUCAAUGCGAGAUGAACUGGACAAUGUGUAUAGAAAGAGUCGUGAGAUGACGGUGGAGGUCCACAACGAGAUUCUGAGAGUACUCAAUGAAUUAUUUGCAGAAACCAAGUCUUACCACACAGCCCAUGGCACAUUCAAGACAACAGAUGACAAGCUACAGCAAAUAUCAAGUGACCUCGAAAAGGCAAGGAAAAAGGGUCGGAGAGUCAAGGAACAUGAGAGAAAUUUUGACAAGAGUCGUCAAAAACUUGAGAAUGCUCAGGUGAAAGCAGCAAGAGCCAGGAAUGACUACCUUCUCGUCAUCUCAGCUGCUAAUGCUACUAUACAGAAGUACUUUGGACCAAAUGUUACUGAGCUAAUUGAUUGUUUAGAUCUUGGCUAUGUGAGGAAGACCCAGAAGAUGUUGUAUGCCUUCCAGACCUCUCUGAACCAGGUGGUCAAGCUCCAGCAAGAAGAGCUACAACGAUUGGAGCUUAACAUCCGUAACAUGAAUGCCAAAAAAGAUAAGGAGGCUUUCCUAGAGAAUCACAAGGCUGCAUUCUCCACACCCGAUACAUUCCAAUUCCAACCACAUGGAGGAGAUAAUGUGACAUCAAUGAUUGCAGAUAUAUAUCCUCUAAAUGACGAACUGAAAUCAAAGUACAACACUCUUGGAGAGCGCAUCAGUCAGUUAGAAUUAGACACUAAUGAGAUCAGUAAGACACUGAAGGAGAUGCAAGCUAACUGGGAGGAAGAUACCUCUAAUUCUAAUGAAGAUGAAGUACAAGCACAGUUCAGGAGUCUAAGGACACAUGAUUCUUCCUCAGAACUAUCAAGAGCGCCCUCUAUGAGACGAAUCAAAGCAACACAAGAGAAAGAAAUGUUCUACCUUGGAAAAUUCAAGGAACAUCUAGAGAAGGGUAAUGCCUUAGCAAGAAUGAAAUCCAGGAGAGAUAUCAUCAAAGAAGCUCUAGGAACAGCUGGAGAAUCAAGAGGAAAUAUCGGUACAAGACCAAACAAUCAUCUUCAUAAGAAUGAAGGAAGACUAACAGAGCGACCGGGUUCAGUCUACAUGCCUUUGUUUGGUGCUGACCUACAGAAAUAUCUUGAAUCUGGACAAUAUGAAAUCCCACCCAUUGUCCUUAGUUGUAUAGAUUUCAUCUCAGUUUAUGGUCUGAAUCAUCAUGGUAUCUUCCGUCUCCCUGGAUCACAUCUAGAAAUCAAUGAUAUGAAAGACAAGUUUGAAAAAGGCCAGGAUCCUAUCUAUGGACUAGGAGAGGCUGGUGAUGUGAAUGUAGUUGCUAGUGUCCUCAAGGCUUACUUUAGAGAGCUUCCAGAACCACUCUUCCCUAUCAGUCUGUUUGAUGACUUCAUGGAAUGCAUUAAAUUACCACCGGGGAAGGAAAGGAUAGAUAUGCUAGCAGAAUUGAUUUCUAAGGUGCCAGUAUCUGUCAUGGUCAUCAUGAGAUAUCUCUUUGCCUUCCUAAAAAAACUUUCUCAGUACAGUGAUGAGCACAUGAUGGACUCUCACAAUCUUGCCUUAUGUUUUGGGCCAACCCUAAUACGACCUCCUGAUGGUUACGAUGAGGUCUACUACCAGACUAACAUCAAUGACCUAGUUGACACCAUGAUUCUCUUUCAGAAUGAGAUCUUUCCACCUACCCCUGGUCCCUGUUACCAGGGUGGUAAUGCUGCUGAUAUCAGCCCUACAGGAAGUUUAGAGACUAUUCCAGAGUCAGUUGCUGAUGAAGCAGAUAAUGCUAUGGAUAUGCCUCUUUUAGCUACAGCAAAGGAAGAUUACAUAGGGAAAUCCCCUGAUGAGCUCACUUUCACUAAGGGGGAUUCCUUAAAGCUGUAUAUGAGGGUGGAUGAUCAGUGGUGGAAGGGUGCUUUAGGUGAUCAACAGGGGCUUGUACAGCAAUCACUUGUCAUCUUACCAGAAAUGGAUAAGUCAUUACCAGGAAGCUUGGCCACCAGCACCUCAUCCUCUACGACGGCCAGCCCGGACCACAUCCGUCACCUCAGCGAUGAGCUGAGGCAUACCACUGUCAAUGAUGCAACCAACUCCGCUUCAACACCAGAUAUUGUACGAGAUGUUGUGAAACCCGUUCAUUCCUUCUACCCUCCUUCAGCCAUGCCUUUGAGAGUACCAGUAGGUAUUCCUACAGGCCCAUCAUCGUCCACACCCACCACACCUACAGGUUCAGCUAGGAAACCACCGCCAGUCAAGCCAAGGCCAUACCGUCCCAAAACAUCUUUCACAACCAGAAAUGCAUCACCAUCAAAAUCACAAACUCUUUAGUUGUGUAGCAUCUAUUUUAGUUGUACUGUCAAGAUAUAUUUAUCCUGUCUCUUUUUUUCAUCACAUGUUGUCUUUUGUUCAAUCAUCCCUUGAAUGCCCUUCUGUCUGUUUAAUUGCUUUUAGCAUUAUCUCCAUAGUUUUGAGUGGUUAUUACUUAUAAGGGCAGUAAUAAAUUGUAUACAGGAACUGUAUCGUUAUAUUUUAAGGGCUAAUAGAUUUUUCUAUAGUGCAUAUUUCUAUAUUACAUCAGGAAAAAAAAGAGGCCACACAAAAAAUCCGAGGCAAAUGAGAGGGCAUGGCCUUUAAUGGACUUGGAUUAUUUGAAGACCUUAGGUUUCAUUUUAAAACUGUUGAUGUAUAUUUGUAUCUCUGAAGGACCAUGCAAGAAGUACAUUUUAGAAAAAAAUCAGAUAUUUACUACUUGCAUUGCUUAAGGCAUUAACCAUGUCAAACUGAAAGACAAAAUGAGAAUAUUGUGUUCAGGGCUGAUUCAUAACCAAAGACUGUCUCCAGAAGGAGGUCAUGAUGCAUGAUAUUUGGUUUCUUUUUAAAUAUAAAAAUGAAACUGGCAAUAGUAUCUUUCUCUUUGUAUAGAUAGCAGUGCAGGUUCAAUAAAAAGAUCAUUGAUUUUUAACUGAAAUGUCACAUGAAGUUAAUUUUCAGUAUUUUUAACAUUUCCUUCAUCAGUAAAUUAAGAGGACUAUGCCUUUUAGAAAUAUGGAAACACAAAAACUGAAAACCGUUUUUUAAAUUUAUCAUCUCUGCUUAGCUUGUGAAUUUUCUACACCAAGAAACUUGCUUUUUAAGAAUAACCUCAACCCUCAAAUAUUUUAGUCUCUUUUCUGAUUUUUUUAUCAAUAUUUUGUCAGAAUAUCCAUCCUGUGGUAUUGUUUUAAAACCAUUGAACAAAUGCACUCCUAUUCCCCUCAUGCAUGGCUUACACCUCUGUGUUUUUAGCUAUGUGUUGCAAUCACACUUUUGCAUACAAGUUCAUAUAUUAAGUUUCACUCAUUAAAGCUCACUGGCCCGAGUGAGCUACUUGCUGUUAUAAUUUGCUAUUUUGCUUGUUACCACUCAUCCUUGCUGGUAUGGAUUUUGGUUGCAUUCAAUUGCAGAUGUUGGAAGCUAGCUAGAAUGAAUGCUGUUAGUCUAUACAUUCAUUCACCUCAUAUUAGUUUUUUUUUUAUUGUGUUGCCCUUGACUGUGAUUGUCUUUGUUCAGGCAAUACACGGCUUAGCACAAGUCUAAAUGCAAAGAUGUGAACCAGAAUUCACCCAUUUUAUAUUGCACCAACAAGUUCCCUUAUCCACUUCAAAGGUGCCUCAGAUAUUUGUGCCAAACUUCAUGUGCUUUUUAUCUUCCUUACUACCUUUGCUUUUUCUUUGUAAAUCAUUUUUUCUGAUCAUUGUAAACUAGACAACCAUUUUGCUCUGUUUAUAUAUUUUUUUUGCAUUGUCACUUGAUUUCUGCUAAUACAGGGUUUGAUUUAAAUGUUUUAUAUCCAUUAUGAAAGUACUUAGUAUUGGCAGUGUAAUGUCACAGCUCAGAGCCGCCUACUGUAUGAUAAGGUCUAUGAUAUGAAAAUGUUUAAAGUUGGUUUGUAUAUACUUUUCAAAUAUUACUCCUCUGAGAUUUAAGUUUGAUUUACCACUAAUGGUCUACAUUUGGUAUAUUCACACAAUAAGAAAUGAAGACUUUCUUUUGUUGCAUAUUUUCUAACCAGCAACAUAAACUGGUUGUAUGGAAUGGAUUUGUAUACCUUAUUGUUGUGGUCUUUUGUGUUCAUUCUUUAAGUAAUCUUUAUUCCUUAAUUUGGUAUAUUCAAUGAAUUGUUACAAUGAGAUUGAUACCUGAAAAGAUGUUUACAACUGACUGUUGUAGUCCAGUGCAGUAUUUAUGAAUGAAUGGAAUGACGAAACUGUUCGCUAUGCACAAUACAUGCAAGAUUUGCAAUGACUUAUAUAGCAACACAAUUGUUUUAUAUUGAAUAUUAUGCUGUCUGCAAGUAAUUAUCCUAUGGAUAUGCAUUUAGAAAAGUUACCCAUGUAAGUAUGGAAUGUGCAAAGAAAGUAUUAUUGUCAUACAUUGUUUUCUCCUGGAGAUACAUGGAAUACCAUGAAUAGUGUAAAAUUACUUCAUAAUGAUAUAGGAACCUGAAAUGUCAUUUCUCUAACAUUUCUUGUAGACUUGUUAUUCUAGGGAAAUCAUAUAUACUUACAAAAAUCUAUGGAGUUGGAUAUGAUUUAUUUUACAUAUAAUAACUUUCAAUGCCAGGUUUUGGGGAAGUGCUCAUUUGUGACAGUGGCAAAACUCUUAGAGCUUUGACGUUUUGAAGGCAGAACUUGAUGUCAUUUUGGAUAGAAAAGGGACAAGAUUUGGAUAAGUGGCUUGAUAAUCAUCUUGCAAUAAACUUAGUAUUUGGAAUUGAAUUUAAAUUAGUUAUUGUAAAAAAUCACACAAUGAAUUAGGCAUGAAAUUAUAUUCAAUUGGGCUGUAAUGUGUGUUUUGAAUGUAAUCAUUCCAGCUGUGAGAGAGAUAUAUUUUAUUAUAAUUAGGAUUACCCAUGGUGAUUUAUUACCUUUCUGAAAGUAUCAGAGAUUACCUGAUUGCAGUCCAUUAUUCAACAAGUAUACAUGGCAAGCAUUGUACAUAUUUUUGUACACUUACAUAUACAAUAAUACUUCUUAUAAAAAUGGCAGUUAUUUUGUAAAUAUAUUUUGUAGACAUGGGAAAUGACUAUAUUAGAACUGCCCAGAUCAAUGGCAUAUUUGUCCUGGAUUCUUUAAAAGAAUUGCACUUCCAUAUUCAAGUAUGAUUUUUUUAUGUCUUAGAGGAAUCACUCAAUAAUAUUUAAUGUGAUAUAAGAUAAAGAUUAUUGAAUAUUUAUAAAAUGUCUUGAAAUUUUGAUGUACUUGUAUUAAACAUUCACUGAUUAUCUGAUAUGUAUAUAUUUCAUUCAAAAGUAAUCAAUUUUGAUUAUAUUAAAUUCAAGCUGCAUUUCUAGUUAUUUAAGUGAACAAGAGUAGAAUAUUAUUUCCAUAAAAUCUCUUUGGUUCAUUAAGAUUUUAUUUUGCUGAAUGUAAAAUUGAUUAAACCAUGGUGUUCAAAUUGUAAGAUAAAGUCUAUGCCUUUUUUGGUGUAAAAUGCGGUGCUUCCUUUUUGCAAAUCAUACUAAAUUAAAGUAUUUUGAUAAUAAAAAACCUAGUGACACCUUACUAUGCUAUUAGUAACACAUGUGUUGCAAUGAAGUAAUAAAUUUGUUUUCUUUAGUACUAAUGUUACUUGUUGAUUAUACACUAGUCUUGCACCCAUCUGUGUUAAGUUGCCUAUAAUAGGAUACUAUUAACACACACACACACACACCUGUUAUUGAAGAUUUUUUGCAGGUCCUUUUUCUUAUUUCAUUAAUAUGAAUUGAAAUGAAGUUUAAUAAUUUGAGAAUUUUGGCUUGUAUUUAAUAUAUAUUCUUAUAUAAUUUGCAAUAUAACAAAACAUUACCAGAGUCAAUAGAAGUAUUUUGAAGUUCCUGAAGGAAUAUAAACUUCUUGAUGCAAAGUAUAUGUUGGUUAUUAAAUGUAUUUUGUGCAAAAGAACUACAUUCGAAUCAGAAUGAAUUAUAUUGAAAAUAUACAGUAGGAUUUAUUAUUGUAAGUUUGAAAGAAUUUGCUCUAUAUAUUUUGAAUAUGUGCAUAAUACACACAUUAUAUGAUUUUUUUAUAUAAAAUAUGUCCUCUUCAAUGUACAGUCCAUUUUCUUUUCUGCAAAGCCAUACCUUUGUAUUAAUUCUUGUUUCAUGUGCUUUUUUAACCAUCUCAUAGUGCACUUCUUUUCUCUGGUUCAAUUAUUCAAGCUGUUUAUAAGGGUUAUGAUUAUAAAUACUUUGUAUUUCUAUGAAUUGUGAGGACUGGUUAGAAAUAACAUAAGCACAAUUUGCAUUUAACAA